CCCCUCCCGUUUACUGCUCGGCCAACACAACCUAACAACACAACCCAAACACGGAACCGGACCAAACUGAACCAAAACAAACCACGCCAAACAAAACCGCCUCCCCUGUCUCCUUCUUCCUCCCCUGCUCUGCCUCUGCCACACCACACCUCAUCCUCACCACCGUCCUCCCCCACGCCACCAGCUGUCUUCCACAAUCAUGAAUUCUUCCUCCGUUACAAAUACCGCUGUGGUCGACACCACCCCCAUGCUUCCACUCUUCGCCAUGCCGACCGCCCUCCUCUUCCCCUUCCUCCUCCUCUGCUUCUCCACCUUCUGCUGCUUCGUCUUCCGGCUCACCCUCGCCGGUCGCUCCGGUUCCCGCAAGCUUCCCCUCCCUCCGGGCUCCAUGGGAUGGCCAUACGUAGGCGAGACCUUCCAGCUCUACUCCAACGACCCCAACACCUUCUUCGCCCUCAAGCAGAAGCGGUACGGUCCCGUGUUUAAGACCCACAUCCUCGGCUGCCCCUGCGUGAUGGUGUCCAGCCCGGAGGCCGCCCGGUUCGUGCUCGUCACGCGGGCGCAGCUCUUCAAGCCCACCUUCCCCGCCAGCAAGGAGCGGAUGAUCGGCCCCCAGGCCAUCUUCUUCCAGCAGGGCGACUACCACGCCCACCUCCGCCGCCUCGUCCUCCGCGCCUUUCUCCCCGAAGGUAUCCGCGGCUCCGUCGCCGGCAUCGAGGCCGUCGCACUCCGCGCCCUCCGCUCCUGGGACGGCCGCUUGGUCAACACCUUCCAAGAGCUCAAGACGUACGCGUUCAAUGUGGCGAUCCUGUCCAUCUUCGGCCAGGAAGAGAUCUCCUGUUUAGAGGAUCUGAAGCAAUGCUACUACACCCUCGAGAAGGGGUACAACUCGAUGCCCAUCAACCUCCCCGGGACUCUGUUCUACAAGGCCAUGAAGGCCCGGAAGCAACUGGCGCAGAUCGUCGCCAAUAUCGUCCGCUCCAGAAGGACGCAGAGGGAUUCCUCCCCGAACGACCUGCUCGGUUCCUUCAUGAACGCCAAAGAAGACCUCUCCGACGACCAGAUCGCGGACAACGUCAUCGGCGUCAUCUUCGCCGCCCGCGACACCACCGCCAGCGUCCUCACCUGGAUCAUCAAGUACCUCGGCGACAACCCCAGCAUCCUGAAAGCCGUCACCGAAGAGCAAGAGCAGAUCACGAAGAGCAAAGGGAAUGAGUCCCUGACCUGGGCUGACACCAAGAACAUGCCACUCACCUCGAGGGUGAUCCAAGAAACCAUGAGAGUGGCCUCCAUCUUAUCUUUCACCUUCCGCGAAGCCGUGGAAGAUGUGGAGUAUCAAGGAUAUCUAAUUCCCAAGGGGUGGAAGGUGCUGCCGCUCUUCAGAAACAUUCACCACAGCCCGGAAAACUUCUCUGACCCAGAAAAAUUUGACCCCUCCAGAUUUGAGGUGGCUCCAAAGCCUAACACUUUCAUGCCCUUUGGAAACGGGACCCAUUCCUGUCCUGGAAAUGAGCUUGCAAAGCUGGAGAUGCUGGUUCUUCUCCAUCACCUUACCACAAAACACACGUGGUCUACGGUGAGAUCCCCUAGUGGAAUACAGUUUGGACCUUUCGCGCUUCCCACGAAUGGCUUGCCUCUUAGAUUCUCUCUCAAGUCAACAGCAGCUUGAUUGCCUACGCACACACUCCACUCAACUCCAUUCUCCUUACCGAAAAGGAAAAGGAAGAAGAGGACAUUCAUUGCCUAAAGGCGAUGCAUGCCGAGGAAUUUUAUCAAAUAGCUCUUCCAUUGACCGCUACUCUUCCUGUGAAAGCAGAGGAAGAGGGCUGUCACGGUAUUCGGAGACUUCAACUAAAUAGUCUUCUUCUGAGUAUACAGUAAGUAUAAUUGAAGAAAGGGGGGAAAAAAAAUCUGAUUAGCUAAUAAUAAUAAUAAUAAUAAUAAUAAUAAUAAUAAUAAUAAUAACAAGAAAGGAAAAGGUCUUGUUCUUGUUAAGUGAGGGUAGCAGCGUAGGACUGGAUCGCUUGAGAGUUUGUCAGGUUUGGGUCUGCCAUAACCCGCUUUUAAACAAGUUAAUAAUUCAAAGUUAAAGGAGACACAGCACAAGCAAAAGGGUGCUGAUUGUUUAAGUCAA